AUGGAGUUCAACGACGUUCGUUUCGAGUUCAUAUCAGAAUACACCUUAAAGUCCAUGAAACUGAAAGCAGACAAAUGGGCUAAGUUACAAGGAAACGAUGAAUACAGACAAACUAUUUUGGACUUCUUUGAAAAGCCAGAGAAUAAUAUUCUCGUCAUCUAUCAGAAUAAUGCAGGACAGCUUCAACCAACGUUUGAUUUUCCGUCGGCAAUGAAGGCAAAAGCUGCUUAUUUCUCUAAGAAGGAAAAAGGCAUGAAUGUUGGAAAAGAUAAUUACAAAACAGCUUUAACUUAUGGAGAUUUGUCUUAUUCCCCCUUGGAACAAUUGUCAGCUCUUGUAGACGAGGUUUGUUUUGCAAACUUAGCAAGUGAUUGCAUUUUGGUAGUUCGAUGGAUCGGUCCCUGGGAACCAUGAAACUUACAAAUUAACUUAUUACUUGUUAAGUAACUGGGUUUAAAGCACUAUAUUUUGCAUGCACACUGAAAGAUCCUAGCUUAACCGGGAAAUUUUAGACUCGUGUUUGAGCGCCACAGUUGUUAAUGGUUAUAUUAGAUUGAUUGCACGUCUUGCUCAAAACAGAUACAUUACAGCAUACCGGUAUACAUUUUUCGUAUCUGUAAUUUCAUUUUUACUAUCCUAAUCGAAGAAAACUGUUAUGCACCAAACAUUUCGCAGGUUUUCACGUCGUGAAAAUUUCUCGAUUGUAGUAAAAUAAACUGCGCAACAACUAACCAACCGUGACCAUGAAGUUUACUCCUACCUAACAUGAAACUUGAAAAUAGACAACUGUUCCCAGGAAUAGAAAACUGAGGAUGGAAUUAAGUUUGACCUUUUGUUUUUUUUUUUAAAUGGCAGAAAACUGUGCUCAGUAAAAGUUUUGGGCUGGACUUCAAGCUAAACUUUAAUUUAGUUAAUAAUUAUGUAAAUCCCUAGAGGCUAUCACUUGAGUUAGGGAUUAAUUUCAUUGUUUACAUUGGGUAAGAAAAUUUCUCUUAUUAAUCAAAUGUUUUCUUCGAAAUCUGUCAGAUUUUGGUCCCUUUGCUGUCCAAUUCUCGUAAUCAUGAACAGUGGCCUGCAGUUGUGUCUCAAGAUGUCUUGCGCCAUGUCCAUCAGCUCAAAAGUAAUGUCUUUGUCAUUGCUGGACAAGUGAAAGGAAAGACAUUAUUACCACUUCCAGUAGGUUCAGAGCAGGUCUCUGAUGCUGUGGAAGCUGAAGAAAAGUUAGUCUAUGGAUCAUGUAAUUUUGAUGUUGUUAUAAAUAUUUAGUGCAUUGUUGACUCUGGAUGCUCUUUUUACAUGUAGAUAUAUUUUGUAAUAAGAAUGCAUCCAGGUAAUGCUAUUUUUUACUCCACUUAGUCAAACAAAGGCAUGAUUUUUUUAUCACACAAGCAAAAUCAAAGAAGUGAACUUUAAAGGAAAAAACACACUGAAUUAUUCUAAAUGUAUUCAGCCUCCCAAACCCUCCUCUCCCCCUCCCCCCCCCCUCUUCACCCUUCCUCCACCGAAGUGGUGGUGAAGCUAAUUGUUAGGAUUUGAGUUGUGGAUCCCUUUAACUCCUUGAAAAGAUUAACAUCUAAUUUUGUCCUGAUAAUGUUGACACGUUAUUCAGCAAAUGGGUAAUAAGAAAACUCAAACUUAUCUAAUUCCACAUUCACGUAGUUUAUUUACAGGGAAUAGUGUAGCAGCUAGAGGGAAGAUGUACAAUCGGAUCUUGAAAGUUUUAAAAGGGUUAAGAGUCGCACCCACAGUAUACUCAUAGCACUUGUGAUAAAUAUUUAAAUUCUUACCAUGGCAAACUGAAAAACUACAGAUAACAAGAAGUGUAAGCCAUCCACAAAGAGAAAAUUUCUGCAUAUCCUUCAGUGUCCAAUGGUUUGUUACAUGUUAACAGUGAAAUAUCCAAUCUUUAGUCAACUGGAGCCUGAUAUGUAACUAACCAUUUUGUUUUGUCUUUUUUUUAACUAGGGGUGAACCAUUUGAUCGUGGUUUGGUUCAUUCUAUUGAAUCAGUAAUCAUUGAAUGGACACAUCAGAUACAGAGUGUUCUGAAAAGAAAUUCAGCUCAGCCACUGAUAGAAGGUCGUAAUCCUGGACCACUGGUAGAACUUGACUUCUGGAGAGCUCGUGCCAAUAACUUGGAGUGCAUCUUUGAACAGGUCAGUGCAUUCAAAUCUGAGAAAUGAGGUUUGUAAGAUAAUGGAGACUUGAGGCAAUUACAGAGAGUAAAAUUGCAGCUCUUUUGAUUUUUCUGCUGAUACAUGGAGAUAUAACUAGGCUUUUAGAAAGCAAUAAUUUAUUCUCUGUAAACAAGUGAAGAAAGUAAAUUAAAGUUUUGAGUUUUUUUUUUUAUUAAAAAAAAAUCUCAAUUUGCUUUUUCAUUACCCAUGUAGCUCCAUGAUGUGAAAGUUCGAAGAAUGGCUGAACUGUUGGAAAAAACUCAGAGCAGCUACUUUCCAGCCUUCAAGAAAAUCUAUAAGGAUGUUGUUGCUGGUAAGUAAAUUUUUGCCAAGGUUGCAACUUUUUUUAUAUUUUACAAACCAAACAACUGUUUCAAAGUAAUGCCAUGAGUAGUGCAAGGUACUUAUCAGUACUUAGUAAUUUUGUUAACUUUUUUGUUUUUCUUAGCCCUUGAAGAAGCCAGAGACAUCAACAUUCACCUGAAGCCUUUGCGUCGCCUGCUCGAUGACAUGGAGCAGUUUGAUUUUUCAGAGUUGGAUAAGAUUAUUCCUGCCAUUCUACACACAGUUGGUCUCAUCUGGGCAAAUUCAAAGUACUACUGCAGAGCUCCAAGAAUGAUUGUUCUUUUGCAAGAGCUCUGCAACAUGUUGAUUGAAAUGGUAAGUAACUUUUAAAGAAACUUUUAAUUGUAUUUUUUUACAAGUGAUUUCAGUCAUUAAAUUUAUUUUUCUGUGGGUGAAAAAUUGAUUUUGUACUGUGUAUUUCUGUUUUUACCAUUUGACUGUCAGUUUUGAAAAAAAAAUGUACAUAAUUAUAGAGUUUGGCCCUUGUCCAAACAUUUUAUGAUCUUUUUUAAAACAAUGCUUGUCAGUCACAGUUAGUCUGGAAAAAUCAGCUAAACUGAGAUUUGUUGCUGCAACUGGAUAUGGACCAAUUCUUGAUAAUUGGGUACUCUUAAAACAUACUUUUUUCACCUUUGCAAUCAUAAAAAAAAUAUCGAGUCAUAUGAUAUAAUGAAACCAUAUUUUAUGCAAUUGUUCUAGUGCAAGUUGUUUUAAAGCCACACAUAGCCAGAGGGAAGUUGCUUACUAUAAAUGGUAUAAUGGUAUACCCCUCUCUCUAUUAAACCCUAAUCUUUAAGCCUCUCCCCAUUCCACACCCUUCAUUUUUUUUAUUAUCAAUUCUUUGUAUAGGCAAGAACAUACUUGGAUCCUGCAGAAAUCUUCAAAUCAGAGGCAGAAGAAGCUUAUGAGAAAACCCAGAAGGCAGUUCAAAUCUGUUCAUUCUUCAAGGAGACCUUUGAAGAUGUCAGAGGAAACAUCCAAAAAUUCUUCAAGGAGGGGCAAGAAGUUAAGCAGUGGGAAUUUGCCAAUGAACUAGUUUUUACCAGAAUGGAUCAGUUUAUCUUGAGAUUGAAAACUGUUGAGGUUAGUAGAGUAACUAUGUCUCCAACAGAUUGCUGACUUUGAAAUCUGAUAAUCUUAGUUUCAAACCCUGGCUUUUUUGUUGUUGGUGUUGUUAAUGUAAUGUGUGAUUUUAUUUUGUCUAUAUCAAGGACCUCUUUGCCACCACUAUGGAAUUUUCUAAGCUAGAGAAGGUAGAAUUGGGUGGUAUCAAGGGAAAGAUGCUCAGUCAUCAAGUUGUGGAAAUCUUCUCAGAAUUCAAUGAGAUUUUUGCCGUGUUUGGUAAUCGAACCUAUGACGGCUUAGAUGCAACCAACCGGGUAAGUUUGAGAUGCACUUUAAUGUUGGAAUGAAUUUUAGUACAGAGGUAAAUGUAAACAGCAUAUACAUAGUUUGCCAGUUUUCUGAACCUUGCCUAAAGGAAAUAAAAAAUGCCUCUUAUCCAUGUAGCUUUUACAGUUUCUACAGAGUAGAAUUAUAUCAAGAUCAUGGUCUUCAUUUUCAGGUUGGUUUUAUUCUAUUCUUAGUAUGGCUUCUUUUCCUUUUACUUCUAUGUAGGAGUUUGUUGAAGACUACAACCAGUUUAGAGAAAGAAUAGCUGACCUGGAUAGAAGACUUGCUUCCAUUGUGUGCCAAGGAUUUGAUGACUGUGCCAGUACAGAGGCUGCAUUGAAGGUAAGAAGCAAGUUACAGUUGGAUCUUACAACAGUUUUUUCAAGAAUUUCAGUUUGGAUAGUUUAGUAGGGUAUCUAAUAACAGUGCUGAACUGCAUGUGUGUGUAUAUUGCAAAGGAAGUUACGUGUGACAGCCCAGGGCCAGUGGAUUUUGGAUUUGGUUAGGUAGUCAGAUAUUCAUGAGAAUGCAGAAUUAUUCUAGUGGUAAUGGUACAACUUACAGCUCAUCAUAUUGCUGAAUAAUGCUAUUGGUUAGUAAGCAUCACAUUUAAACUUUCAACUCCAAACAAAACUGAACAUUUUGAAUCUUUUUCAAACCUUCUAGCUUCUGGACUGUUUUGGUUCUUUGCUGGACCGUCCGCUUAUUCACUCAGACUUUGAAUACAAGUAUCCCAUCCUGCUGAAGAUGUACGAAGAAGAACUGGAUGAAGCUAAGAUCAUAUUUGAUCAGCAAAUGAUGACAGCAAAUGAGGAUGGGACUCCACCAAUAAACAAGAACAUGCCUCUUGUUGCAGGUGCUCUCAAAUGGUCACAAGAACUCAGGGAAAGGAUCACUAAACCAAUGCAUGCGCUUAAGCUUUCAGUCAAUCAUGGGUAAGCUCAAUUAACUUUUAUUAACUUUGCAACUACGAUCAAUUUCUUUCAGUCUUGCAUGGCAAUCCUCAUGUCAUAUACAGUUCAAAAAAUGAAAGACUGUCAUUUGUCUUUGAUCCAUUUAUAGUUGAUCUUCCAACACAUAACAAAGCUUUUGCCUUCUGAUGAAAAGUAAAAGUAAAGCCUUUAUAUGGGCCCAAAGUGGCCCACGGGGCCGGUGCUUAACUCCGGUUUUCUUAGCAUGAAGUGGCUAGGAGUAUUACUACUCUGCCCUGGAUGGGAUGCUAGUCCAUCGCAGGGUUACCCCAGCACAUUUUCUGGUAACCAUUUGUUCACCUGGGUGAAGAGAAGCACUGUGAGAGUAAAGUGUCCUGCCUAAGAACACAACACAAUGACCCUGGCCAGGGCUUGAACCCAGACCACCCGAUCUGGAGUAGAGCGCACUAACCAUGAGGCCACUGCACCUCCACCAUAUUCAUGAUCUACUUUCUUUCAAUUUCUGUCAUUUUCUUACCAUAUUCUUUCUUUACAACUUGAUAAAAAAAAGCUUUGUUUUCUGCAGUUCAUUGUAGAGUUAUAACGAACUCUUUUUGACAACAAGGCAUUUGAUAUGGUAUUUUUCAUUUACUUUUCAUAGCACUGACAGUUCUUCCCCUUAAUGGAAUUGGUUUCUAUAGCUUCUGCUGGCAUUUACCUGUGAUAUUGUCUUUCUGUGUACUUUCUGUCUAGUCUUUUUAUGAUUUGGAGUGUCAUUACAUCAUUUGUAGUUGUUAGAAUUUUCUCAUUCAUGUUCCUUGCUUUUGUUCUCACUGCUUCUUGCUCACUUCUCAUCCAAGACCAGAUAGUGUUUUUCCUAUCAUUCAUGGUUUGGAAAGGUAAUAUGACACUUCCAUGCUCUUUUUCAAAAGAUCUGCCUUAAAAUAACUCUAAAAUUUGUAUCUUUAAUAUCUUUCUCUCACUGCUUCAUUGCUGAAAUGUUUUGUCGUUUUUUGUGAUAACAUGCCGUCAGUACAUGUGACAACUUCUCCACUUGUACGUCAUUCUAAACAUUAUCCUUAUCCUUGCUACUGUUUUAAUUAGGAAUUGCACAGACACAUUUGUAAGUUAUAGUUUGGACUUCUUUAACCGCCCAGUUGUAGUGUUUGUCUCUGUGAUUUUCUCUCGUCUCUGCAGAUUGUGAUCAUUGUUGUGCUACAAAAAUGUAAUACUAUGCAAACACUUCUCUAUGCACCUCCAAACGUGGUACAUCAAACAUGGUCGUUGCAUUUCUUGGUAUUUUGAGCCUUACUCUCAUGACUAUUUUCAUAAUCUCAGUCGAAAAUGAAGAACUUUCCUCCCAUUCAUGCCGUGACGUUCACCUUUACUAAAGCGUUUUUUAACUGCGUAUGUUUUGAUUUCAUUCUUAAGACAUCUUUCUAUCUUUUUAUUGAACAACCUGAAUGCGAAUGUAACACGCUGUUUGGUUUUGCAGUACUCUAGAGACUGCCGAAGCUAUGAUGAUCUUCAACAAAUUUGAUGAGAUGGCCAAGCUGCUGAACACGUGAGUAUUUUGUACACGAGUUGUCUUUACGUGAGCGUUUUUGAGGCAUGAUCUCAAAAGUAUACCACUCUGUACCAUUUAUAAACCACCCAAUACCAUUAUUGCCAAGCACAACCCUAAUCCUGGUCAAAGCAUCUUAUUAUUGAAUUUCAGUUACAGGAAGUCACUCAGAAACAAUCAAAAUUCUGCACCCUAUGAGUCACUCCUUAUCUGACAGUAAGAUUCAAGCCACUUGACAAAAAAUAUGUCUUUUUCAGAUAUGAAGAAAAGGUGUAUGUUGAUUGGACCCAUGAUGUUGGUUCCAUUUCACAAGGGAAUCUGGAUAAGCCUCUCGUCAUUAGAGAUCCAAAUACCAAGCUUAUCAAAGUGAACUUUGAUCCACAGGUAUGAACUACUUUCACUAAGAAAUGAGCCAAUUCUUGAGUUGACAUCGCUUGAUCAAAAUGUGCUGUCUUCCUUACUCCAAGCUUAAAUCUAACUUUUCUUUCCACACAGAGGUUUUUUUUCCUUUCAUACUACUGAAGAGUGUUCAAUUGCGCACGCAUGUUACAGUUUGACUUUUGUGAUACUUUGGGUAGAAAUUUUAGAUCGGAUGCUAGUUAAAAAACGCUUAAAAUUUACUUACAUUGUAUCCUCUGAGUUUAGGAGCUCCGUCACUGUUUAUGCAUUUGUAACCUUAAGUUUGUCGUACGCAGCCCUCACCUAUCGUCUGCGACUCUUGACUAUCUCUGUUCUUUCGUUGAUCUGUAUUAUCUCUUUAUUAAGGUUUUGUCUUCCCAUAUUUAUAUUUUCUUGUUUUUUUCCAGUCUGGCUAUAGUUUUGUUUUCGGCGCCAAAAACGAAUCGGAUUAGUUAGGUUGUUGAUGGACACACGACUUCUCUUGGCGAUUUUACUAUACUAUCAUACAAACACGUGGUGAGAACAGAGAAGGCCAUGAAUCAAACCAAUCGGUGAUAUUUUUAGCGAACAUCAAAUUCUUGUCAAAUUCACAAGAAGACAUGUGGCAGUCAGAGGGAGAAUUCCUAUUCGGAACUUCUUUGUUCGGCAAGGGAAACGUGAGUGUGUCUUAGCAAACAACUGAAUUCUGUUUUUUUUAUUUCCUCGUUUUAGUUAAUCGCUGUUCUUCGUGAAGUGAGGUAUCUGGAAACUGCGCAAAACGAAACCCUUGAAAAUAUUCCUGAAAGCGCAACCAACAUCUACUCACGGAAUGAAACAUUCCACAAGUUUUUGUCCAACCUGGACCUGACUGUGGCCUGGUACAACAAAGUCCGAGAAACGCUUCUUGAUGUUGAGUUUCCUCUGGUGGAAGGACAAUUGCAGGAAAUAGAUGGUCAACUGCAACAGGCUGAGACAACUUUGAACUGGAACAGUGAAGGUGUGAUAAAUCUCUCGAGUGCAAUAAUAAUGUAAACUUCGUGUGUCAAGUAUUGAUUUUGACAAUGACUAAGCUUCCACGGCCGUGUGGUGGUUGUGUGAGAACAAUUUCGAUUGAGAGUCUAAAAUGAUCUGAGAUUGCCGUGGUUUACAUUUCUGUUGUGAACACACUAUGGGAAAGUCAAUGUUCCAACAGGAAUAUUAAUACAAAUUAAUUCCCCUUCUGCCUCAAAUUUACAAGCCGGUGCUGUUGUUUCACGUAUUUUUUUUUUUUUAACAAAUAGGUGCGUGGGAAUACAUUGAGAAGACAAGAGACAUGGUGCAUGACUUGGAGAAACGUGUACAAGCUGCCAAGAACAAUGUGGAGAGUAUGGGUCAGUUAAUGACUAAAUGGUGUGAAGCUCCCUUGUACGAGAGAAAGGAAGGCAAAAAGGAGGGCCUACUCAACUUAGAGGUACACAUGCGCAGGAACAAUACUCGUUGGUUCUGUUUACCUUUUUAUGGGUGUCUGAAAUAAUUUAGUAUAAAACCUUCUCCUAUUCCUACAGAAUAACAUAAAGUAUGCUUAAUCAAUUUGGGUGUAAGUGUUCAUAAGUAUAUUCAUUUUGUUUUUUUUCCAACGUGGACAACUAAGAAGAGAGCUAUUUUAUGACAACGUUAAAAAGUUAUUUGUUUGUUAACAGGACAGUGAAGCAAACCUUAAUAAACGCUACACUUUGAUCCAGCAAGCUGGAGAGAAAAUCCACGAGCUGAUGAAGGUAGGUUGUCAGCUUAGUUAACCACUGUUAUUAUUUUUGAUGCCCUACUUUACUCCAAGAAGGCAAAUGAACUUAUUUUCGAGUUCAUGAUGGAGGGGGAGGGGGUGGUACAUGUAGGGGGAUGGGGUGGUAUAUGUACUUUGUUCAUGUUUGGUUUAUUUCCCUUAAGCAUUUACCAUCGACUUAAGAACUUUAUUGAAUUUAUCCCUCAGAAUAACCUCGAACUUUUCAAAGCGGAUGCCUCAUCCGACAUUUGGCGAGCGUAUGUGGACUAUCUUGAUGACAUGGUCCUUGAUGGCUUUUUCAACUGCAUUCACUGCUCACUGAACUAUCUUUUGGAAAAUACUGAUCCUAAACACAACACUACAGGACUGUUUGAGGCAAAACUUGAACUGCAACAGCCUGAAAUGGUGUUUAUACCAUCACUGGAUUUCGGUGUUUCAGACGGCUUUUAUGAACUUGUGGAAGGAAUUGUUAAUGAUGUGUACAAGAUGGCUUCGUUAGUCAAGAGACUGGCUGAACAUAACGGCUCUGAACACUACCAGGUAAAACAAACAAUAAGAAGUAAACUUUACUUCAUUUGAAAUGAGGAAUGAUUUAACAUACCUUUCUGAUGUUGGGGAUGGUUAUGUUUAUUUUAUUAAUAUCCGUUGAUUGUGAUAUAUAAGCUACAAAUUAACAUUAGAACUUUAAUUUUUCGGCCAAAUCAUAAUAUCAUCAUUUCAAACAUACUUGAAAUGAGACUCGUAUUAGUACCAAAGAAAAAGGCGGUGCUUCUGAAUGUAUUUUCUCUUUUGGGCAUCCUUGAGUUUCCUUAAUUUAUCUUUUACAUCAAAGUAUGCUUAAUCGAUUUCUAAGGUAGGAAAUGGCAUAUGAAAGAACAGAGGAAAAUAGGUUCUAUAGGAAAUAUAAUGGCUUACGAUUGUAAGGACUAUUAGGAAUUCCAAAUCAAGAAGUUCAAGCAUUCAUGCCUGGACACAGAAACCACGACACACCCAAGAUACUCUGAGCAGUUUUGAGUUAAUUUAUUUCUUGAUAUUUUAAUCAGUGUUGUAAUAGCACGGUGGACGUAACCUUGGGGACUCUAUUCAAUUGAACAAAACAAAAAUAUACUUUCUCUCUUUCCUUCCUUUACAGAACGAUGUCGAGGACAUGCUUGACUUGUCUGAGAUGCGCCAAGACCUGAUGGACCGUGUAACAGGCAUCAUGAACAAGGCGAAUGAAUACCGCAGUUCUUUUGAUGCCUUUGCGUACCUGUGGCUUGACGAUCGGAAUGAGUUUAUGAGACAGUUCUUGCUCUACAACCACGUGUUGACAGCUGAGGAGAUUGAAGCCCACGCUGAAGAAGGAGUCCCUGAGAGUCCGCCAACAUUAGGGCAAUUCAAAGAACAGGUAAAGAAUCGCCAUUAAGACUGACAAACAGAGAUCAUCUUGAAAACUUGCUAUGUUGUUAGGGUAAUCUUGUUCGAGACUUUAGCGCGAAUCGGAAAUUAUGCACAGCGUAAUUCACUAAUUUUUCUUAUGGGAAUUACAUUCAUAUAUACAUUACAGUGUAUGGAAAAAAUUGAUCUUGUUGCUUAUAGAUCGACACGUACGAAAAGCUUUAUGCCGAGGUGGACGAAGUAGAGGGAACAAAGAUCUUUGACACGUGGUUCCGUGUGGACGCCAAGCCCUUUAAACAAGCUCUCUUGAAUAUUAUCAAGAGAUGGAGUUACAUGUUCAAGCAACACCUCAUCGAUCAUGUCACAAACAGGUAAUUUAAGUUUUGAGGAAAUUCUGCGCUAGAUCUUAUGACCUUUCUUUACAAGGUGUUUGAAAAGUUUAGGGAAGAUUAUAACUAGGUCUGUUAGAUUAUAUGCUCAUGGUACGUUUGUGUUCUUUUUUCGCAGCCUAAAUGACUUAGCAGAGUUCAUCAAAGUGGCAGAUGUUGGUCUGACACAGCCUGUGGAGGAAGGAGAUUACAAUGGCUUAGUGGCUGUCAUGGGACACUUGAUGGCUGUCAAGGACAGACAGACAGUCACUGACGAGAUGUUUGAGCCACUGAAGCAGACUAUUGAACUCCUGAAGACGUACGGACAAGAAAUGCCUGAGGAAGUACAUACGCAGCUUCAGGUAACUAGAAACACCAAGACAGAAGUAUUGAAAGUGCUGUAAUCAAGGGGAAGCUGUCUUUAUGUGUGAUAGAUUUUGUUGAAGGUAAACAUGCAAGAGAAACCUCAUAAUAUGUUUAUCCACAGGAACUUCCAGAGCAGUGGAACAACUCCAAGAAGAUCGCAGUAACAGUCAAACAGCAAGUGGCUCCUCUACAGGCGUCUGAAGUCGCCAUCAUCAGAAGAAAGUGUGGACAGUUUGAUGUAAGGGACAGUGUGCCUCCUUUUAGCUUCAACUUGCAAUUUCUGCUCAAUGAUUCAAUAUAUGUUUCCUUUUUCCUCUGUUGAUCACAGAUCAAACAGCACGAAUUUAGAGAGGACUUCAGGAAAACAGCUCCGUUCCAGUUUGACUCCAAGAAUUAUUACGACCGCUUAGAUAAGGUUAGCAACGGGAACUUGUAGUAAAAGACAUACUUCUCGCAAGUUUGUUGAUUUUUUUUGUUUAAUGACAUGAUGGAGUGAUCCUUGCUUUAAUGUUUCGCCAUUUAUUCUGUUUCAAAGGGAAUACCUUAGAACUUGAUCUCUUUCGUCUAAUCACCAAUUUACCAAUAUUUGUGGCAUUUGCAGGCGAACUUCCAGAUCUGUGCUAUGGAGGAGGAGAUGAAUGCCCUGUCUGAAUCCGCCGGCCUGUUUGAGGUCAACUUCCCAGACUAUAAACAACUUCGUGCUUGCCGUCGUGAAGUGUCACUCCUCAAACAACUUUGGGACAUGAUUGAAGUUGUUCUUAGCAGUAUUGAAGAGUGGAAGUUCACGCUAUGGGCGGAUAUCAAUGUGGAAAACAUGGAGAUGGAAUGUAAAAGGUUUGUUAAGGAGAUCCGAAGCCUGGAUAAAGAAAUGCGCGCCUGGGACGCCUUCACAGGACUGGACUCUACUGUCAAGAACAUGGUGACGUCAUUAAGGGCUGUAGGAGAAUUACAGAAUCCGGCAAUCAGGGACCGUCAUUGGCAACAGCUCAUGCAAGCAACCAAAGUAAGUGCUGCAUGUUUGUGCAUGUUUGUGCAUGUAGGAAUGUUCAUUCCGCAACAAAACGUAAUAAGUCUAAGUAGGGUAGGAUUUUGGUUUUGGAAUCAUACAUAGAUAUGAACCAAUGAAUGUUUUAUCACUAGUUGCUCUGCAAAACUGGGAACUAAAAACUCAAACUCAGAACUUUUUCCCGUGGUUCACUCCAUUUUGGUUAUGGAACACGAAACAUGUCAUUGAACACAAGAUCACUCCAAUUUUGUGGAAAAUUUGAGGAAACUCACAUGAGUACUUUGUGUUUUGUGCAGGUAAAAUUCAUCAUGAAUGACGACACCAACUUGGCUGAUCUUCUCGCCCUAAAUUUGCAUAACUUUGAAGAUGAAGUCCGUGGAAUUGUCGACAAGGCCACCAAAGAACUGGGAAUGGAGAAAGUUCUCAAAGAGUUGGAUGUCACCUGGUCACAGAUGGAGUUUGAAUACGAGAGCCAUUUGAGAACUGGUAUUCCGUUAUUGAAAUCAAGCGAAGAACUUAUUGAAACUCUUGAAGAUAAUCAGGUAAAGAAAUAAUGAUAUAUAAUUGGCUGGAGGGCUGGAGAAACCAAUAAACAGAUGCCCAAAGCUGAGCUCUAAUUUUUUUUUUUUUUAAUGCUAAGGGACAGUUGAGUUUACGUUUAUUUGUUUCACUUAGGUUCAACUUCAAAAUCUCAUCACAUCCAAGUACAUUGGACAUUUUCUGGAGGAAGUCUCCAUGUGGCAAAAGAAGCUGUCUGUGUCAGAUUCUGUAAUCUCCAUUUGGUUUGAAGUCCAAAGAACCUGGUCUCACUUGGAGAGUAUUUUCAUUGGAUCUGAAGAUAUUCGUAACCAGCUGCCAGAGGACUCUAAGAGAUUUGACGGAAUCGAUGUUGAUUUUAAGGUUAGUGAAAGAAGGGACUGCAAAUCCAUGGGGAUCAUUUUACAUAUGGAUCAGGUAGGACUUAAGGACAGUUACACUAACGCCUAGCUUUACCGUUGCUUUAGGAAUUGAUGAAGGAAGCCGCUGAAAUCCCAAACGUUGUGAAUUGUUGUAACAGAGAGGGACUGUACGAAAAGCUGGAAAACUUACAAGAAAGGUUCGUUUUACUCUUAAGCUUGAUUUAAAGUUGACGUUUUCGGUAAGACUCAUCUCUAACACAAAUGCUGUUAGCUUCAACUGACUUCUUUGAUUUGUCUUGAAAUCAUUAUGGUCUGGUUACCUAAAGUUAUUGAGCCCCUCAAAGACCAGAAAUUACCUAUGUGUUGUUUACCUUAUAGAUUGUCGUUGUGCGAGAAAGCCCUCGCUGAGUAUCUGGAGACCAAACGUCUUGCUUUCCCACGGUUUUACUUCGUAUCUUCAGCUGACUUAUUGGAUAUUCUUUCCAAGGGCAACCAACCAAUUGAGGUAAGGUUUUAGGCAAACCUAGUAAACGAUAAUCAGAGCAAGGGAAAAUAACUCAAAGUCCCAAUAAGAGCUCCGAAUGAAUAAACGUGAAAUGCCUGAGGCGCGGUUAAACGCCGGUGACCACGUUUUGAUUGAUUUAAAUUUUAUAUCUGAUUGGGUUACAGGGUGAUGCGAAUUUUACGGAUCAAUCGUAGAGAGAAUCGUAGAGAGAAAUAGAGCAAAAACAUUGCAAUGUUGAAUUUAUUCAGAGCGCAGAGAGUGUCGUAAACCAAAACAAAUCUCAACGACCAAUCAGUAAAAAGGAAAAUAGCUUUAAGAGCCAAUUAGAACUCAACGUAAAAGAAACAAACUGCCUGAAGCGCGGGAAAACGCGGGCGACCAAGUCGCAAUUGGUUUUAAUUUUGCAUCUGAUUGGUUGAGAGAGAGAGGCGCGAGUUUUUUGGACCAACCACAGAACGAAGCCAAGAAAAACGAAUGCAAUCUGAGAGUUGCAAUCUCGACACUGAAAGUUGCUCUAGAUAGACAAUUGAGAGUUGCUCUUUUUACUCGUUACAGAGUAGUCACUUUAUCACUAUCAUCGUAAUUUUAAACCGAUACUCGCUGUUCUGUUCGACAGGUCAGUCGUCAUCUCUCCAAACUGUUUGACAACAUGGCGAAACUGAAGUUUGUCGAUGACGAGGAUGGUAACCCGACUAAGGAGGCGGUUGGAAUGUACAGCAAGGAAGGAGAAUAUGUGGACUUCAACAAGCCUUGUGACUGUUCUGGACAGGUACAAAUAUUGUUUCAAGUUACUUCUCUGUAAGAGUGUUAUAAUAUUUCGCUGAUUACCCCUUUGAGGACCAUGGUAACAUUAAAAUGAAUUUAAGCUCUUCGGCCUUUUUUUAUAUCGAUCCAUCAUCAAUUUUUAUCUUAUUUCAUCUCUUCAUUGGUUUUUAACUUUUUUUAAGCGGCACACACCCAAACUACCCUGACAAAGCUCUCGUAGCGAUCUGAGUUUUGAAAAUACUUCCUUUUUUGUCUAAUUUUUACAAAAUGCUGUGAUUUUCUCGUGCACUUUCAAGCUAAGCUGAUACCUAAAUUCUUAAAUUCAAAAGUUAGCAUGAAUUUUGCUUAAUGUUCCAAGCGAUUUGUGCCUUCGUGUAGUCGGAUCCUCCCGUUGAGAGUAGUCUUGAGAGGAACUUUUGUCGGUAGUCGUGACUUUCGUUACGAAAGUCAUCACUAGAGUCAAGAUUUGUGAAUAUUUGAUUUACUGUAGGUGGAAGUUUGGUUGAACCGUGUUAUGGACGCUAUGCGCGCUACAGUCCGUCACGAGCUGUCAGAAGCUGUGGUGUCGUAUGAAGAGAAGCCUCGAGAUCAAUGGCUGUUUGACUACCCAGCUCAGGUGGCCCUGUGUGGUACUCAAAUCUGGUGGACCACAGAAGUUGUUCUGGCAUUUGGAAGGCUGGAAGAGGGAUACGAGAAUGCACUGAAGGAUUAUUACAAGAAACAGGUACUGGUCUUAAAUUCAAGAAUUUUAAGUAUAGUGCUUUUUUAAACCGGGUGAAUUACAUUGACAAGUUUGAUGUAUAGAGAUCCUUUUUGGUUUAUCUCAAUUAUAUGAAAAUCAGGUAAAAUAAAAGAGGACAAAAAAUAUUAUAAUAUAGCUAGUAAAUUUGUCUAAUCAAAUUCAAUUGCGCGAGCGUGCUUCAUAUUCCUAUUGUGCACGCUCAUGACGUCAGUAAACAAGUCCCUCGAGAAAAACAAAUUUUCCAUCGGGUUGAAAAUGUUAUAAAACAGCAACUCUUACCCAUCUUUUGUGCUCUCCAAGCUUCCCGCGUGCUUCAUAUUUCGAUGAACGCACGUUGACGUAUGAACCAAUUGUUAAUUGAAAAAUGGUCUUUAUCUUUUUUACAUCUGCUAGGUUUCACAACUGACAACAUUGAUCAACAUGUUGAUCGGCGACUUGACCAAAGGCGAUCGUCAGAAAAUUAUGACCAUCUGUACAAUUGACGUGCACGCUCGAGAUGUGGUGGCGAAGUUAAUUCAUCAGAAGGUGGAAAAUGCUCAAGCUUUCUUGUGGCUGAGUCAGCUUAGACAUCGCUUUGAUGAUUCUGUCUCUCACUGCUUCGCUAACAUUUGUGAUGCACAGUUCAAGUAUUCUUAUGAAUAUCUUGGAAACACGCCUCGAUUGGUGAUCACACCCUUAACCGACAGGUAAACGUCGUAGAGAAAAGCUGUCGAGUAGUUCUUUAACUGUGAGCGUUGUAAUAAUUGUUAUAGCCUAUUGGACUUUCCCCAUCAUGCGUCACUUCUAACACGAUUGUAUUUUGUUUGGGUAGAAAAUGAACUAAAACUCAAUGACUACUGAGAGAGUAGUCCACUUAAAAACAGUCAAUAGGUCAAAUGAGCAUUUCUUGUAGCUUAUAUUUUCGUUAAAGUUUCAUCAUUGGCAAAAUGCAAUUCCAUAUCACUUGAGUGUUCGUAAUCUUAACGAAGGCUCAGUUUUAAAUUAAAAUUUACUGCUUUAGAGUUAAAAAAGUGCAUUCCGGUCAAACUUAUCACUUUAAGCUUUUGUUCGAAAGGAACUUGAAAAUUGUUUUUCUUUUCUAGAUGUUACAUUACUCUGACCCAGUCUCUUCAUCUGACCAUGAGCGGUGCGCCUGCCGGUCCCGCGGGAACUGGUAAAACCGAGACUACCAAGGAUCUGGGACGAGCUCUGGGAAUUAUGGUGUACGUGUUCAACUGCUCUGAACAGAUGGACUACAAGGUAUGCAUUACAGUGCAAUAAUGAUGGCACUCCAGUUUUUUUAAAGGACUUAAGAGUAACUCAAGAAACAUUUUCUUUGACAGUCCAUUGGCAACAUUUACAAAGGAUUGGCACAAACAGGAGCCUGGGGCUGUUUUGACGAGUUCAACCGCAUCUCAGUUGAGGUGCUGUCCGUGGUCGCAGUUCAAGUAAAAUCCAUCCAGGACGCUAUCAAAGACAAAAAGAAAAGGUUCAUCUUCCAGGGAGAGGAGAUCGUUUUGGUUCCUACUGUUGGUUUAUUCAUUACCAUGAAUCCUGGAUACGCCGGAAGAACUGAGUUGCCUGAAAAUCUUAAAGCUUUGUUCCGGUGCGUGAUUAGAAUUCAGUUUCUCUUAAUGGGAUACGUAGAUUUAAAAUAUUCCUCCUAGGGAGAGUCUGCACUAGGAUCUGAGCUGAUACAUAAAAUUGUACAGAGAAUGGUUAUAUAUUUCCUUGUUGUGUUUUUUCAGGCCGUGUGCUAUGGUCGUUCCUGACUUUGAACUGAUCUGUGAAAUCAUGUUGGUGGCUGAAGGAUUCGUUGAGGCCCGAGGGUUGGCCCGCAAGUUCAUCACUCUGUAUUCACUCUGUAAGGAACUGUUAUCUAAACAGGUAGGACUCUGGUUAAGCAAAGCACAGAUUGUAUUUUCGAAUCUUUCGCGGAUGGUGAAAAAGUUGAUUUUACAAGUUACAGUCAGAGUGUCAAUAGUAUCUCUGGUGAUUUGGUAUGGUUUUUUUUCUAAUUAAGAGCAAAGUCAAACCAACAGUGAUUUAAUGACUGCGCAUGUGCAGUCGCACGCCUGUGCCUUUCUGUGAUUGGACUAAAGGGAAUCAUGCCUCUUGCUCUUUUUUGAUGGCUUUUUUUCCUUGUGGUUUUAAGGACCACUACGAUUGGGGUCUCCGUGCUAUCAAAUCUGUUCUGGUUGUCGCUGGUUCUCUAAAGCGAAGUGACAGGGAUCGCCCUGAGGAUCAGGUGCUGAUGCGUGCGUUGCGUGACUUCAAUAUCCCUAAGAUUGUCACGGAUGAUGUUCCCGUCUUCAUGGGAUUGAUUGGCGACCUUUUCCCAGCUCUGGAUGUACCAAGAAAGCGUGACAUGGACUUUGAAGCUCUAGUGAAAAAGUCAGCUCUGGUGAGUCACUCAAUUCACAUGUCAAAUUAUUUCCAAUUGGGAAACACAAUAGCAUUUUGGGAAAGAUGUGUAGGGUUACUGGAGUAAACCUGUUCUUAAAUUAUCGAAAAGAAGGAGAUCGCUGGAAAAUUGUGCUGUUAUCUUUUCCCUUCCAAGAUCUGUACGUUCUUCACACAGACUAUAGAUUUCUCUGUCGGUUGGUCUAGAGAACUGAGUGUUAUUUAAAGGAAACAUAUCCGUGAUGAUCAUUUCCUCUAUUCUCAUUUGUUAUAAGCUUGAUUGUACGAGAAAAUUUAACGAAGAAAGAAGGGAGUCGCCGGCACUUGUUCUUCAAAUUCUGUGCACGCGAGAUGCAUAGGCUAUGUAGUGAUUAUUGUGCAAACAAUCUUGGAACAUUAAAUUUUCUUGUUAUUUCCAGGAUCUUAAACUACAAACAGAAGACAGCUUUAUCCUCAAGAUUGUACAGCUUGAGGAGUUACUUGCUGUAAGGCAUUCUGUGUUUGUUCUCGGUCCAGCGGGUACAGGCAAAACACAGGUUAUUAAGACCCUGAACAAGACUUACCAAAACCAGAAGAGAAAGCCAAUGCUACAUGAUAUCAACCCUAAAGCUGUCACUGCUGAUGAGUUGUUCGGAUUCAUUAAUCCCGCCACCAGGGAGUGGAAAGACGGUGAGUAUCAUCGAGGUUACCAUGGGAGUGUCGCGCACUGAAGAGGCAGAAACGUCGAACGUUCUUUGCACCGAAUAUUUAGUCAGCAGGAUCUUAUCAGGGUUGCAAUUUUUUUGACUUGAAUGCUAGUUAUUCUUUGCAGGUAAUAAAAAAACGAUGUACACGGUGCCCCAAUAUCUAUUUGAUAACUAGAGCUUAUGAUACGACACUAAAACCUUGAACGGAUUACAGAGCGUCCAAGGCACAAAAGCCAUGAAGGAAACCAAAAAGAAAAGAAAAAGAAAAGAAUCACAGUCUUGAAUUGUCACCGACAGACAUUGCCACACCACCACAAAUUUGCCUGAUAUCAAGUGACUAAGGGCGAUUAUUUUCUUUCGAGACAGACGUUGAUUGUGUCAUAUUUUUCUUCAGGUUUGUUUUCGACCAUUAUGCGUGAUUUGGCUUCAAUCAACAAUGACAGUCCUAAAUGGAUCGUACUUGACGGAGACAUUGAUCCUAUGUGGAUCGAGUCUUUGAACACUGUCAUGGACGACAACAAGGUAAUCUUUGAAAAUGAAAAAGUCGCUAGGACCAGUAAGCUUUUAAGGCGACUUGUAGAUGAAGAUGUUUUUUGGAAGUUUUCAUAAGAAGUCGGUUUUGUAACACUCGAAGAUUUUGUUGAACCAGCUGUAGAUUAUAUGCUUGAAAUUUUUCCUUUCGAUACCUUUUUAGGUUUUGACAUUAGCCAGUAAUGAACGUGUUCCUCUCACUCCGUCCAUGAGAUUGUUGUUUGAGAUCGGUCAUCUAAAGACAGCCACUCCUGCAACUGUGUCCCGUGCCGGUAUCCUCUUCCUUAACUACGCUGAUGUUGGAUGGAAUCCGUAAGUACUGUAGACGGUAGUUUGCGUGUAGCAUGAGUAUUCCAGAGAAGGAGAGGAAAGAAAAAAAAGCCGGUUGCGUCAACUAGUGAAAUUUUUAUCCGCUUAGUUUGCCUUUUGAGAUUUUCGUCUAGGUUUUCAUUUAAAUCUCUCGUGGUGACAAUGAAGACUUAUGGGUAUUGAUCGUACCAUGGUUUUUUCACUAAGCUUGUAUCAUGCACAGCGGAAAAAUGAAGAUAACAAACUUGAAAUAAGUAUCAAACUGGUCUAUCAUGAAAAUGAAAAAUGAAAUGUAUUUUUAGGCUAAAAUUGAGGAAGGUUAUCAAAGUAGCCCCACUUUAACUUCUCUUCGCUCAAAAUUUUAAAUUCCUUGAAAAUAUUCUUUCUUCGCGAAAUAAACUUUUCUCGUAUUAUUUCAGAUACGUCUCCAGUUGGAUUGAUACUCGCGAAGUUCAGUCAGAGAAAGCCAACCUGCAAAUCCUGUUUGACAAGUACGUCCCCAUCUGCUUGGACACACUGCGCGUGCGCUUCAAGAAAAUCACGCCCGUUCCUGACAUCACCAUGGUGACCACGCUUUGCUACCUUCUGGAGUGUCUGUUGAACCCCACCAACACCCCACCCGAUUGUAACAAGGAACUGUACGAGUUGUAUUUUGUGUUCGCUGCUGUGUGGGCUUUUGGCGGAGCCAUGUUUCAAGAUCAGGUGUGUUUUAUUGACGGUUUCACUCAGAAUUGUGGGCUAUGGAAAGUCGUGAAAUUUUAUUGACUCGUAGAAAGUGAAGCGUGAACGUUCAAACCUAUGAGUAAUAUUUCGUUUUCUCUCCGUAGCUCGUUGAUUAUCGAGUAGAAUUCUCCAAAUGGUGGGUGACUGAAUUCAAGACCAUAAAGUUUCCCUCUGCUGGUACUGUCUUUGAUUAUUUUAUCGACUCCGAGACCAAGAAAUUCGUGCCAUGGACAGAAAAAGUUCCCAAGUUCGAGCUUGAUCCCGAGAUGCCAUUGCAGGUGUGAUUAUUUUUUUAUUUUUUAGGAAAGAUUCUUAAUAGACAACCUUUAGAAAGGGUUUGCGAACGUUUGUGCAAGGUUGUAGUAUAAGUUUUCUUCAUUAAUUAUGGUUUAGGCUUGACAAGGGUCUUAAUUGGUUACAGUGUUUAGCGGUUGGGUUAGAAAACCGACAAAAUUGUGUCCUAAACAAAGUUGUUUUCUUAGAAGAAUAACUAGCGGGUGCCCAAAAGCUCUUAUCUCUGAAGCCUAGGAUGCCUGGCUCUCAAAGCUCUCCUAGAAGAAAAGUCACACAUGUCGCCCAAAGAAAACAGUUUGUCGCCUGUACCACCUGGUCUCAGCCUUGGUAACGUUUCGAUAUGACCUGUAGCCAGCCAGUGGAUAUUUCGGUUGACUUGUAUAUGAACUGAAUCCUUUCACAUUCACUGCAAUUUGUCAAGAGCUUAACCAAUUUCAUUUCCCUACUUUAAUUUUCCACGAGAUAAUUUGAUUGCGAAAUGUUUUGUUGUUCCCAGGCCGUGCUCGUCCAUACCCAGGAAACCAUUCGAGUUCGUUACUUCAUGGAUCUGCUGAUGGAAAACCGCAGACCUAUCAUGCUUGUAGGAAGUGCGGGUACUGGUAAGACCGUGUUAGUUGGCGACAAAUUCGCAGCAAUGGACCCUGAUAACAUAAUGGUUACAAACGUACCGUUUAACUACUACACGACGUCAGCCAUGUUACAGGCCGUUUUAGAAAAGCCACUGGAAAAGAAAGCUGGACGAAAUUAUGGUCCGCCUGGAACCAAGAAACUGAUCUACUUUAUCGACGACAUGAACAUGCCCAUGGUACGUUGUUUAAUGGGAAAGUGGUCAGUUUUAUCUGUGAGGUUUUAAUCACUAUUUAGUGAUAAACAUUUGUUUCAUGCAUAGCCAACUAAAGACGAGGUAUGCUUUUUUGGACAAUCAUGUACAGACUCUGCAUUGGAUAAUGAGUAUGGGUACUUUUCGCGAACACUCGCGUUACUCCGCGUUUCCGAUUGGGUGCCGUGUUUCUCGUUUUUUUAACACGCUUGCCUUGCUCGCUACAAGCCACUUUUCCCGCCACGCCGACGCUUUCGCUGAGUAACAAUUUUCCCGCGCUUUACUGUUGGUACUGCACGUGUCUAGAAACUUAGUUUGGGUAAUUUCUUUCUUUUCCUUCAAUCCAGGUGGACACUUAUGGAACAGUACAACCACACACCCUCAUCAGACAACAUUUGGACUACACUCAUUGGUACGACAGAGCGAAGCUGUCUCUUAAAGAAGUUCACAAUUGUCAGUAUGUCGCCUGUAUGAAUCCUACAGCAGGAAGCUUCACCAUCAAUCCUCGACUACAGGUCUGUAGCUAAUGGGAUCUAAAGUGUCUAGUAUCCAUUUUAGAUUAAAUCAAAUAUGUUAAAAUGUUAGAGAGAAAGGUCGUGCUAUUGGGGCAACUGAAACUCAAUGCAAGACGUUUCAAAAUAAAAUACGGCUUUAAACAUUAGAGAAACUGAUUGAAGCUAUAGACUUAGGAAAGUUCUGAUGGAGAAAGUUGUAAGAGAGUACAUCUGGAUGUAAAAUGUUAGAGAGAAAGGUCGUGCUAUUGGGGCAACUGAAGCUCAAUACAAGACGUUUCAAAAUGAAAUACGGCUUUAAACAUUAGAGAAACUGAUUGAAGCUAUAGACUUAGGAAAGUUCUGGUGGACAAAGUUGUAAGAGAGUACAGCGGGAUGUAUCCUAACUAAUUUUCUUAGAACGUCGGCCGGACUUUUAAUGGUUACGUUAUUUUCUCUGCAGCGCCAUUUUGCAGUGUUCGCAAUAAGUUUCCCGGGACUCGAUGCCCUGAAAACCAUUUACCUGAGCAUCUUGAACGGACACAUCAACGCUUUGGGUCUCCCUCAAGCGGUACAGAAGAAUGCUGAGAAACUUGUCGAUGCAGCUUUAGCCAUGAACCAGAAGGUGUGUUGUAUUCCAUCAUCCCUAUUACUAAACCAUUUGAAUUUUUUUCUUGAAUUUCAGUACUCGUGGCACAGACAGUCCACAAGUUACUUUGAAGAAUUAUUUAAGUCAUCUAUCGUCCAUGAGACAUCUAUCUCCCACGAGCGUAACUCUUAUGUUCUAGUAGAAAAGCAUUUCAAGGAAGUGACAUCGGGCUAAAAAGAACGAACAUUUCUAAAAAAUUUCUUCAGCUUUAUCAGCUUGCUCAUUUAUAUACACUAAAGAAUUUAUCGACCGCAACUCAGAUCUGGAAAGUGGCUUCGUUUACAAAACGAGGCAAACUUAAUUUUUUUUCUUUUUCUCAACACAGGUCACUUCAACCUUCCUUCCUACAGCUGUAAAAUUCCACUAUGUUUUCAACCUGCGUGACUUGUCCAAUAUCUUCCAGGUUUGUCAAAACCAUAGUUUGUUGCUGAACUCGUAAACCUCUGUGAACCUCCACAGGAAAGAUAGCCUUAGUUCAGCGAGAAAAUUAAAUCAAUUUGAGUACCGGUGUGAAUGUUGAUUAUGAUGCAGUCUAUUUUGCUCACUCCUGGAUUUUUCCCUCGCGCUGAACGUUGUGUGAUGUGAACAGCCUAGUCGUAUCAUUUUCUUUGACUGGUAUACUUGGCAAGAAAGUGUGUCUGUCAAAAGAUCAGCAAAAUAAAACUUGGCAACGAUAUUUGUCUGGGAGAUUUUGAACCCCACACAGUCUCAGUAAUGCGUAUUGUGCAAAACUCAGCAAGUUUUUGGACAAGAGGACUUAUUAAGGAAGAAUUUGUCUUAUUUUCCUGUCCAAACUGCUAAGAAAAGAUUGGAAAUUGUAGAAAAGGAAAAAAGGCGCUGAGGUUAAUGUGGUGGCUAAUAUUGUCUCUUUGGGUUCUUGCAGUCGAACUGUGUCAUGAUUAAUUACGUUUCCUUUCUUGUAGGGUAUCCUGUUUUCCACAGCUGAAUGUAUCAAGACGCCAAUGGAUCUUGUUAGGCUGUGGAUGCACGAGUGUGACCGAGUUUACAGAGACAAACUUGUAGAAGACAAAGAUAUGGAGAACUACGACAGAAUCCAGCAAGAUAUCACAAAGAAGAUAUUCGAGGUUUGUUUUUAUAUCUGUAUUUCGUUUGAGACGAGUUUGGAUCAUAAAAAAUGGAGAUGAAAACUUCGGUUUUCAAAUGUUUUUCCGGUCAAAUUUAUCAAACAUUUUACUUAUUAGAAAUCUGAAACAUUUGCAAGACUAUAGACUCAUGUCUCAAUGAGUUCUUACCUUAGAAAAGUCAACAAAAACUUUGGGGGUAGUUUCGCUGUGUUUUAAAUGUGCUUCUUUCUACGUAGGAUUUCGAUGAAGAGGCUCUGUACUCCAAGCCAAACAUGUUCUGUCAUUUUGCAAGUGGAAUUGGGGAACCUAAGUACCUCGCUGUACAAGGCUGGGAGUCAUUGAAUAAACUGCUGACAGAAGCACUGGAGAAUUACAAUGAAGUCAACGCGGUCAUGAACCUUGUGCUUUUUGACGACGCCAUGCAACAUGUGUAAGUUGAAAAAACGUCAGUUGUUCUCUUCAAGGGAACAUUUUCUAUAUGGCAAGUCAGAGUGCGCAGUGAGAUGAAAGGGCGGCAGAAACUCUCGUUUUUCCGCGAUUUCCAUAAGAUUUAUGAAAUUCCUACCAUUAACAGUACUUACACAGUUAAUUAUUUUCCCGCUUUUUUUCCACAUAUGGUUGGUCUUCCAUCGAUUUCAUCAGUUUCGUGACGUCUUCCUCCCCUUAUCUCUGUACUUAUUUAUCCAAUUUCUUGUCCUUGCCAUAUUUCCGGCGAUAAGCAGCUUCCUUCAUUACGCCGGCUCUCCAUCGUUGGGCUUUCUUUAGCGUCUCGUCAUAUCCUGGCCUUAAACGUUUUGUUACCGGACUUACAAUGAUCUAGGUGCUCGAUACUUUAAAAUUAUUUCAAUGUGGGGCUUUCCAAGAGCUCUGAGAGUUUCCCAAAUAUUUAUUGUUCUUACCAUUUUGCAUGUUUUGUUUUACAGUUGUCGUAUCAACCGUAUUCUGGAGUCCCCCCGUGGUAACGCCUUAUUAGUGGGUGUGGGUGGCAGUGGUAAACAGAGUUUGGCUCGUCUUGCUGCUUUCAUCAGUGCUCUAGAAGUGUUCCAAAUAACACUGAGGAAAGGAUAUGGCAUCCCUGACCUCAAGGUGUGUAAUUGUGUGAAAGCUCAAGGAAUUUCAAAUAACUUGUGGGAUCCUGUGAAUGAUCAGAACCGCUUUUACUAAUCUUUUCCUCGCCUUUAAGAUAGAUAUUUCCCGUGAAUGAAGUGCAUUAGUUGAACAACGACAAACGCGAAUAGUUAACGUUGUCUUACCUCCACGUUCUGGUAUCUAGUAUGAAAGGAGAUAAUUGAAGAUUGGUAAAGAAAAUUCGUUUUAAUCACGCUUAAUCGUGCCAGAUUCCUAAUGGGUUUUUUCCCCUUUGUUAACUUUUUCUAGCUCGACUUAGCAAACUUGUGUACCAAGGCAGGAUUGAAGAACAUCGGCACUGUAUUUUUAUUGACCGAUGCACAAGUUCCAGAGGAGAACUUCUUGGUGUUAAUCAAUGACUUACUGGCGUCUGGGGAGAUUCCGGGUCUGUUUGCAGAUGAUGAAGUCGAGAAUAUCAUCUCCGGAGUCAGGAAUGAAGUGAAAGGCGCUGGACUACAAGACACGAGGGAAAACUGCUGGAUGUUUUUUAUUGAGCGAGUGCGAAGAAAUCUCAAAGUUGUCCUGUGUUUCUCUCCCGUUGGCUCUACGUUGCGUGUAAGGAGUCGUAAGUUCCCGGCUGUAACAAACUGCACAGCAAUUGACUGGUUUCACGAGUGGCCUCAGGAGGCUUUGGUGUCUGUCAGCAAGAGGUUCAUUGAUGACUUAGAGCAGCUUGAGGUAGAUUAACAAUACAGCAACAUUUUACAAUAAUAGACUUAAAAUAAUGGUUAAAACUGUUUAAAUAAUGCUCUGUAAAUGACAGGGAUUAAGAACUUUAUGGACAACAGAUUGACAAAUUGUGAUAUUUAUUAUUCACGAACUUCGAGUUUCCCUCACUUUUGCGAUUGAAGCCAUGUGCAACAAGUGUUUUGUUUUCUAAUGAUUCUUCCACUUGACUAAUAGCAGUUGUGGGUGGUAAAACUUUCUCAUCGCAGCUUUUUGUCGUUCUUCGAAAACCUUCAUCAAGCAAGUCCCCAUGGCAAUCCCCUCGACAGUAAAACCUUACAGCGAAGUAACAUUGGUAUGAAAUAAGUUUUAAAAGUUUCUGUAACUGAUCAUAGCCUGCAAGCGUAGUCUACCUCGUUUGCCUUUUUUUUCUGUAGAACGAUGUAAAACCUUCUGUGGCGGAGUUUAUGUCAUUUGUGCACACCAGUGUGAACGAAGAGAGUCAGUUGUAUUUGGCAAAUGAAAGGCGUUACAACUACACCACCCCAAAGAGCUUCUUGGAACAGGUAUGUUCCCGCCAAAAGUAUUUUUGCUCCUCUCCGAAACUGCGAACAUCUAAGGCCAAGGUGCAAGUGAUAUAUUGGAGUUCCUGGACUUGCAAUGAAAUUCGGUUUUAUCACAUGUUUCGAAAGACACUCGAAAUUUAAGAGAAAUGUUUCAUUACUAUUACUGAUUUCGGUUUUAAUUUUACUUCUUUAUGUAUCUUAAACCAGCUCUAAGAUAAAUGGUAUUUUGGGAUUCCAGGUGCUAAAGGAAAUUGUACACAAAUUGUACACAAAGCAAGCAGAUUUAAUAUAUCCGUCAUCUCUUUUCAAAACUUGUUUGUCUUGAACAUGAUUUGCUCAUGCAUUUAUUCUUUUUGUAGAUCACUUUAUACCGGAAUCUUCUCAAAAAGAAGGCGUUGGAGUUGAAUCAACAAACUGAGCGUUUGGAGAAUGGUCUACUGAAGUUACAGAGCACUGCCUCUCAAGUAGAUGAUUUGAAAGCAAAGCUAGCCUCACAAGAAGUCGAACUCAAGCAGAAGAACGAAGAUGCAGACAAGCUCAUUGAAAAGGUGGGAGUUGAAACAGAGAAAGUGAGCAAAGAGAAGGCCAUCGCUGAUGAAGAAGAGAAGAAAGUUCAAGUCAUUGCAAAGGAUGUGUCUGAAAAACAGAAAUCGUGUGAAACGGACUUAGCCAAGGCAGAGCCUGCGCUGAAAGCUGCUCAGGAGGCUUUGAACACAUUGAACAAGAACAACUUGACCGAGUUGAAGUCGUUUGGGUCGCCCCCAACGGCUGUUGCUAACGUCACAGCAGCUGUCAUGGCUCUACUCUCUCCACCGAAUAAGAUUCCUAAAGACAAGAGCUGGAAGCAGUGUAAAAUCAUGAUGGCUAAGGUAUAAAUUUGAUAGUUGGUCUAAUUCAACUCAGAACUGAAUGAACCGGAUAGCAUUCUUACAGUCUCGCGGAAUGAAGAUUGAAGGCUGAAAAAACACACUGUUGCGUGUCAUAGUCAAUAUUGUUGAAUGUUUAGGGUGAAGAGGAAUUGAAACAAAGAGGUGUUUUAAAACCAGAUUUUGAUGUGAAUAAUUAUGGAAUAACGUUGUGGUAUCAAGCAGACCGUCACCACACCAACCUGAUCCCGCAGAGGUGUUUCAUAUGUAACCUUUCUCAGCAAACUCAGUAUUAUCUUAUCCAUGCCGAAAAAUACGACGAUAAUACUUAAAGGUAUCAGUUAACAGGCGUUAACAUAUGAAAGCAAACUUCCUCAACUAAGCUUUACAAGAUAAAGUCUCAAUGGAAAACUAACUUUGAACUAACUUAUUACUUGCCUUUCAUUUUGAAUCAAAGGUCGAUCAGUUUUUGGAUUCCCUGAUAAAUUACGACAAAGAGAACAUUCAUGAAAACAACUUAAAGGCCGUACAGCCAUAUCUUGACGAUCCAGAGUUUGAACCUGACUUCAUCCGUAGCAAGUCCAUCGCUGCUGCUGGUAUCUGUGCUUGGGCACUUAACAUCAUCAAGUUCUAUCACGUGUUUUGUGACGUAGAACCUAAGAGACAGGCCUUAGCCGCUGCAAAUGCAGAACUUGCUGCUGCAGAGGAGAAACUGGCUAAGAUCAAAGCUAAGAUCCAUGAAUUGGAUGAAAACUUGGCUGAGCUGACGGCUUCAUUUGAGCAGGUAAGCGCACAUCAAUGUUCAGACUGCACGCCAAAAGUACCAAGGGGCAUUUCUUAUUCCCUUCAAAAGUAUCGUAGGGGUCAAGUUUGGUGUUUUUUAGUUAUCGCCUGACGUUGCAGAAAAUUCCGUCGUGUGCACGUUAUUGAUAUAUAGCUUUCCUCCAGGUAAAAACCGAAGACAUGAACAUUACAAGUUGACUGUUUUUUUCAUCAAUUUUGCUACUUGUUAAUUUGCUUUUUAAACUUUUUUUGACCGACAAAUUGUAAUGUUUCAGCACCCUUCAGUGACGUUUAAAAAUAAGGAUUCACUUAUUUGCUGCCGACUAGACAGCAUGAGCAUGAGAAUUAUUUUUUUCUUUUUUCGAGGAGAGGUCUUUUCAAAUGUAGCCUAGAAGUCUAAAACUUAUACUCAUCCUAAUUGGUGCUAUUUUAGGCCACUGCCGAGAAACUAAAGUGCCAGCAAGAAGCUGAACAGACGGCAAUGACAAUCGAACUGGCUAAUCGAUUAGUCGGCGGCCUGGCUUCGGAGAAUGUCCGUUGGGCCGAAUCAGUGGCGAACUUCAAAGAGCAGGAGAAGACCUUACCUGGUGAUGUGCUGCUUACUACAGCAUUCGUUUCAUACGUCGGCUGCUUCACACGGAAAUACCGAGACAACCUCAUGCACGAGAAGUGGCUACCAUUUCUCAAAGGACAGUCGGUACGUUAAGCCUAACACAACCAAAAUUAAUUACAAUUUUCGUAAAAUAUUGAUCAGGGUAUUAACAGGUGUUUUCUUAAUUCUUCAGGUUCCAAUUAAGAUCACUGAAAACCUCGAUCCUCUUACCUUGUUGACUGACAACGCAACCAUCGCUCAGUGGAAUAACGAGAAUCUACCAAGCGACCGCAUGAGUACUGAGAACGCCACCAUCCUGACAAACUGCGAAAGAUGGCCGCUAAUGAUUGAUCCACAGCUACAAGGAGUGAAGUGGAUCAAAACGAGAGAAGGGGAGGAACUCAGAGUGGUCAGACUGGGACAGAAGGGGUACUUAUUAACCAUUCUUUUGUUUGCCUUUCCUUGUUUCUUUUCUUUUCUUUUCUUUUUUUUCGGUUUUCUUUUUUUUCUCGGAACAGCUGGCCGUGGACAAAUAUUCUAGCAAAUUCUUUCGCUGAAUGAAGGUCACUUUUUCCAGCACUUGAGGCGUUUUUAAAUCUACAGUUAUGACGAGGCCAUUUCCAAUCAAACAGUAGCGCAAAAUAUACGACACUAAUAUUGGAGGUUUCCUUCACAGGUAUCUGGAUUCCAUCGAGCGCGCUGUGUCCAACGGUGACUGUGUACUGAUUGAAAAUAUGGGUGAGAACAUGGACCCAGUGUUGGAUGCACUUGUUGGACGAAACACCAUCAAGAAAGGAAGGUGUGUUUUAUAACAGAGUAUGUUAGUUUGCAGGAGCCUUGAGUGUCAUACUGAAAGAUUUAGAAUUGAAUGCUGAUAGUGAGGGUUGGCUUUACUUCACUCAGUGAUUUGUCUAAAAAACUAGCGCGAACUUGUUGCAGUUAUGAAUAAACAAUUUUGAGUUAAAUGACUGUUUAAUUUUUAGAUACAUCAAGAUGGGUGACAAGGAAGUCGAAUAUCAUCCAGAUUUCCGUCUCAUCCUUCACACUAAACUAGCCAAUCCUCAUUACAAACCCGAGAUGCAGGCCCAGACCACUCUGAUUAACUUCACAGUCACACGUGAAGGCCUGGAGGACCAGCUGCUAGCCGAUGUUGUUCGCAAGGAGAGGCCUGAUCUCGAGGAAACGAAGGUAACAGAAAUUGCUGAACAGAAUAUCGGUAACCUAGCGGACCUUUUAGUAUGGAACUUCUCCUAAUUUAAACUUUCUAGCAGCUGGAAAGUUUUAAAAGUUCAGGAAAAUGAGAGACGUUUGUGAUAUGUCCGGUCAAGAACGAUCUUCUUAGUGAAGAAACUGAUUAAGGAGGAUGGGAUUUGAAUUUAAACGAGAAUAGAAUCCUGCUUUUCAACCUUCCAAUUUGUUUGUGUAUUUCUUUACACAUAGGCCAACCUGACUCAACAAAUGAACCAAUUUACCAUAAAAAUCAAAGAACUGGAAGACUCCCUCCUGGCUCGUCUGUCUGCUGCUGGAGGAAACUUCCUUGGAGAUUACGCUCUGGUGGAGAACCUUGAGACAACCAAACGAACAGCAGCAGAAAUCGAAGUCAAAGUAGCAGAAGGAAAAAACACUGAGAUAAAAAUCAACGAAGCCCGUGAACAGUACAGACCAGCAGCUGCUCGAUCAUCACUUUUGUACUUCAUAUUGAAUGACCUGAAUAAGAUCAAUCCGAUCUACCAGUUUUCUCUUAAGGUCAGUUGCAAAACAAUUUGUUUUGAGAAGAAUUUUCGUCCGAUUCAUGUCGCAGUUUAAGCGGCGAAUCUACUCAUGUAAAGUAUAAAUCACCUUUUUACGGAUAACCCGAGGCAAGCUAGGGCGCGAUGUUAUCUGAAGAGUGGAAUUUAAACAUUUACAUGCUUUUUCCAACUUACCAUUCCAUAACAAAACUGCUCUUGCGUUUCAAUCACUUGUUAGGCAUUCAAUGUGGUGUUUCAAAAGGCCAUUGAUAAAGCUGAACCUGCAGAAGAAGUAAAAAUCAGAGUGAACAACUUGAUCGAUUGCAUCACAUUCUCCGUGUUCAUCUACACCACUCGGGGAUUGUUUGAAAAAGACAAACUGAUCUUCACAUCUCAAGUGGCAUUCCAGGUAUGAAAUUCAAAAGUAUGUACAAUUAGUGGUUCUGGCGUAAAACUGGAAAUUUUUUCCAACAAAGUUAUGCGUGUAAUUUUUUCCUAUCAAGCACUGCCCUCUAAUCUGUCUUCUGCAUUUUCCUUACACAGAUUCUACUGAUGAAAAAAGAGAUCGUUCCACAUGAGCUAGAAUUCCUUCUUCGGUUCCCAGCGGUUAUGAAUGUUACGAGUCCAGUUGAUUUCCUCAACAAUCUGUGUUGGGGAGGAAUUAAGGUAAGUUAAAAACUAGAUUUAGUUGCUUUGUCGCGGGAAAACCACAAAGACUGACGGACGAACAAACUUCUUCCACUUGGAAUCAGUAGGAGGUGGCUUAAUAUCUUUAGGGAACGUAAAUGCAAAUACCGUAGAACUCUCUCCAUACUUUUAGCUAGGAGAUUUUAAAGAUAUCUCCUCGUCUUUCUCCGCAGGCUCUGGGUAACAUGGAAGAAUUCCGUAACCUGGAUCGCGACAUUGAAGGCUCGGCUAAGAGAUGGAAGAAGUUUGUGGAGAGUGAAUGUCCGGAAAAGGAAAAAUUCCCUCAAGAAUGGAAAAACAAGACUUCCUUACAGAAGCUUUGCAUGAUGAGAGCUCUUAGGCCGGACAGAAUGACAUAUGCUGUCAGGUAAUUUAUAAAAAAAGUAAUUUUGUGCGACAUGAAGAGUUUCCAUAUGGCCGGUUUAACAUAUGAAUAGUGAUUUUGUUAGCAUGGUUGUUAUUUGGAGGUGUUUGGCCAGACUUAGAAGCCAGACAUAAAAGAAUACCGACUGAAUAACCUAACGGAAUGCAAUAUAGAUAUUGGCUAAUAUGGUUCAACAGUUUUGACCAAUAAUGGAAUUCCCUUCAUGAUUGAACCGAUCUUGUUAGUCUUUUCUGAAUUGUAGUAAUUAGACUAAGUUACUUGUACGGUAUUUUUAUUUUAUUCUAAAUUAUGCGACUAUUAAGCUCACAUUUGUGCUAUUCCUUUCUACAGCGGCUUCGUGGAAGAAAAGAUGGGUGCGAAAUAUGUGGAGAAUCGUCAAGUGGAGUUCGCCAAGUCUUACGAAGAGAGCGGACCUGGGACCCCGAUCUUCUUCAUCUUAUCUCCUGGUGUCGAUCCUCUGAAGGAUGUGGAGGCACUGGGCAAGAAACUCGGCUUCACGUUUGACAACAAAAACUUCCAUAACGUGUCACUUGGGCAGGUGAGGCUAAUCAUCAUUAUAAGGCUACCCUUAUAAUGAUGCUAUCAUGCUAAUCAAUUUUAUUCGAAUUUAAAGGGUCAAGAAAUCGUCGCAGAGCAGAGUUUGGACUUAGCCGCUAAGGAAGGUCAUUGGGUUAUCCUUCAGGUAAUUCUUCUACGCUGAACUCUUUCGUGUCUAUCAGUUUACCACCAUUAUUUUUUACUUCUCCUUUAAGCUGCCUAGUUAGGUCAUCCAAGUGUUUUUAGCACCUAAUUCCGUGAUCAUCAGAAGCUAAACCAUGAGGUUAUAACACUGGUAUGAGAUUUUCCAGUUCUGUUGUGGAUUAACAAAUUUCUCUGUUUGGGUUCUUGUUUGUAGAAUAUACAUCUUGUAAAGAAAUGGCUGCCAACUCUGGAGAAGAAGCUCGAAGCAUACAGUGAGGGAAGUCAUGAGAACUAUCGAGUGUACAUCUCGGCUGAGCCAGCUGGUUCGCCUGAUUCUCACAUCAUACCGCAAGGAAUUCUGGAAUCCUCCAUCAAAAUAACCAAUGAACCACCCACUGGAAUGAUGGCCAAUUUACAUCAGGCUUUAGACAACUUCAACCAGGUAAGCACAAGGUCUAAUAGGAGCUGUUAUUAAGGCAAUGAAUCUUUUUUAAACUACUAAGAUAUUUUCCUUAAUUCACAGUUUUUUUUAUAUUCGCCUAAAAGUAAAGAUGAAAACAAUUUCGGCCAAUACUUAUGUUUCUCUUCUGUUGGAGGCGUGGUAGUCUUACGUGGAGCGCGCCAGACACCAACGGGUGAAGAGGUUCGAAUUUGAAACCUGAUCUGGCUAUUUGUGCGAUGAGUGUUGUCAGCUUUUCAUAUUUUUCUUGUACACUCGUGAGUAAAACAUGACCAGCAGCGGAUUGUGUUAAAAAGCUAAUUACAGAUGCUGGUAGUCUACCCCAAUGGAUUUGCUUCUCCUCCAGAGGAGUAGUAAUACCCUUUAGUGCUUCACGUACUGACCGUCGAGGGCCAUCAGCUUAGUGAGAGUUCCUUUAAAAACAAACUCUGAUGUUAAAUCAUUGUUUUCUUUAUUCUUUCUUUUCCAUUAUCAGGACACACUGGAGAUGUGCGCCCGUGAGAAUGAAUUCAAGAGUAUUCUAUUCGCACUAUGUUAUUUCCAUGCAUGUGUGGCAGAGCGCCGUAAGUUUGGCCCACAAGGAUGGAACAGAUCAUAUCCCUUCAACACUGGAGACUUAACAAUCAGUGUAAAUGUACUGUACAAUUACCUCGAGGCUAAUGCUAAGGUAACUGAAACACUGAGUCAUAUUUACACACAUGUGCUACUCGAAAUUACCGAGUCGCAUCUAAGAAUUCUAAUCGCAGUUUUGGUUGUGGAAUGAUUGUCGCUCAGGCUGGCAGGUUGUUAUAACUAGUGUGAUUUGUCAUUUCUAUACCGAUAUUUCGUAGACAAUUUCUUUUUAUCUGAGCUGUCUACAAAUGUGCCUUGAUGUGUUGAUCAACGGGACAUUGAUGAAAAUGAUUUGAUAAUUUCCCACCGUUGUUCGCUAGCACUUCUUGAUUACACUGUUUUGGGAUUGGUAUACCAUCUUUUAACGAAAAGCCACGUUAAAUGUGACGGAACAAUAGAAUUGCAAAGGAGAUAAACUCCACCAGUUUAGUUUGAGCGGUACACUCGGUAUUGAUUACAGCUUACCACUUUUCUUUGUACCUUCCCUGUGACUUUCAGGUACCUUGGACCGAUCUACGUUAUCUAUUUGGUGAAAUUAUGUACGGGGGUCACAUCACAGAUGACUGGGACAGGAGACUCUGUAGAACUUACUUGGAGGAGUACAUGAAACCAGAUAUGGUGAGAUACAACUACCAGUAAAUAUCUCAGAUUUGUAACUAGCCUUAGCCUAAGUCAGCAUCUAACAUUGAAACAUUUUCCCAAAAGUUGAUAUUCAGACGUCCAUAGUCGACUAUGUAACUCUCUUCAAUCUGCAGAUAAAACAAAUUUCUUUACUUCGUUUGUUUUAUCCAUUUUGAGGCAUGAUGGUUGAAACUGAGAAUUGUCAUUUCGAUUUUCUCCCUCAAGGUUUUGAUUUUGUUAAGAAGAAAGAUAAUACUUUAUAAUUUAGAAAUGCAUAUCCAGUGGAUAUGUUUCUACCGGCCUUCCCCAGAAAACUUUGUAGGAGAAAGAGAGAUACAGCUCUUAAUUAGAUGCUAAUAAAACGCAUGUUUGCUUUCCGCAGCUUGAGGGUGAGAUGAACCUUGCUCCGGGAUUUCCCAUCCCUCCUAACUCAGACUACAAGACGUACCAUACCUACAUUGACGAGGUGUUACCUCCAGAGAGCCCCUACCUUUACGGUUUGCACCCUAAUGCUGAGAUUGGUUUCUUGACUCAAACUUCAGACAACUUGUUCCGUACUGUUUUGGAGAUGCAGCCCAGAGAUGCCGGUGCGGGAGGAGGUGGAGGACAGACUCGGGAAGAAAAGGUAAUUAGAAUAUAAGUUCCCUUUAUGGUAUCCUCUGCUUUUCUCGUGUUUUCCUUAAGGAGAAUUGGACUUUUCGACUCAUUAAACGAGGAAACUUACGAUCAGAGUAAUGUAUGUAUUGUUUCAAGGAAACAUUACAUUUAUUCCAAUAAGCUUCUAAGUACUGCUUAGUUGCAAAGCGAUAUUUUCCUGAGGGUGAGUGUUGACUUUAAGAAGAAGGAGUGUGCCUUUUGGGUGUAAAUUGACAACUGGUUGUACCUGGUUUUGUUACAGGUUAAACAAGUUUUGGAUGAAGUCUUGGAGAAGUUGCCAGACGAGUUUAACGUGCAGGAAAUGAUGGCUCGUGUAGAGGAUCGCACGCCUUACACUGUAGUUGCCUUCCAAGAAUGUGAGCGGAUGAAUAUCUUGACAAGCGAGAUCAAACGUUCGCUCAAAGAACUAGAUUUGGGUCUCAAAGUAAGUUCUACUGCAUGACUUGCUGUGUUAAAUAAUGAAAUGUUGUUUUGACCUGAUCAGUUUGCGCCUUGUAUUUUUGUUGUCAUUUACCAUGUAUGUCCCUUAUUAAUUCUAAUGUUAGAGAAAACCGAUAUAAAAGUCGAAGAGUUCACUUGAAGGUUGAUUUUGAUGAGAAUACUUCUGCAGAAUUCUAACUGAAACAUUCGUGCCGAAAACUCGUAGCUUACUGCCUUGAAUCGCACUCGCCUAGAACGAGUCUCAAAUUCUACCCACAUGCCUCUAGCACAACUCUCGUUUCCCACCCGACUCUCGUGCGAGUUAAACGCAAUAUUUCGCGCUUCCAACGUGGUUUACGUAACCAAAUUGUACCAUGAUCUUCCCGUUGUUUGCCUUCCUCACUUUUCAAUUCGCACCCAUCAUUAGCCGAGUGUUGUUUAAUCAAAAUUAAUCAUUAUCAUGGGGUUUCCUACAUAUAGUGUAAUAUCUCUCUGUACCUUGUAGGGUGAGCUGACCAUCACCGCUGACAUGGAAGAACUUGGCAAUGCUCUGUUUCUGGACGACGUUCCUGAGUCCUGGACGCGCCGUGCUUAUCCAUCCAUGUCAGGCCUAGCUGCUUGGUUUGUGGACCUGCUGUUGCGAAUUAAAGAGCUAGAAAGCUGGACAUCUGACUUCUGUCUCCCAAAUGUUGUUUGGUUGUCCGGUUUCUUCAAUCCUCAGUCUUUCCUGACGGCCAUCGAGCAGUCCAUGGCGCGAAAGAACGAGUGGCCAUUGGACAAGAUGGCACUCCAGGUAAAAUUAUGCACCGGGUUAAAAUAUUUAAAAUCUUUGACUGAGUUUUUCUCUUACCAACCAUGCCCGAAUAUUCUAUAUUUUCACUUGUAUUAACGUUGAAUUUCAUACAUUGCAUGUUGUGCCUUGGAUUUGUUUGGCCUCACUGUUAUGCAGUCUUCAGUGUGAUAAAAGACAUAAGCUUAAGGCCGUGGAAUUAGGGGACUCUCCAUCGCCACUGCCAUGGAAAACUCUUUGUCCUCUUCGUUUGUCAUUCCUACUGUGGCGCUGAAUGCCGAAAUAAAAAGUGCGCUUUGUAAAGUCGUGUCUUAAAGGGCUUUCAAAGCAUUGAUGGCGUGAAAGACACUACUCUUUCUUGAAAAUUACUUUUCUCAAGUAACUGGAAAAAAGAACAUUAUAGAUCAAACCUAUGCUUUUCUAAAACUGAGGUGUAUCUUAAUUUAUAAAGUAGUGACAUCAAUAAACGUGCUAAACAAGAAACAGUAUACUCAAGGCCCCGAGAUGUGCAAUUUUUUCUUAAAUAUUUUGUUAAUCUGUAUUGUCGUUAAUCUGUAUUGUCGUUAAUCUUCCACGCUAGAUUUAAGAUGUCACUAUUUACUAAUGAUGCUAAUUUAUUUCAUUAGGUGGAUGUCACCAAGAAAAACAAGGAAGAUUUCAACAGUCCACCCAGAGAAGGGGCUUAUGUACACGGUCUGUUUAUGGAAGGCGCUCGAUGGGACACGCAAACUGGUAUGAUAGCAGAAUCAAGACUGAAAGAGCUAACGCCUGGUAUGCCUGUGAUGUUUAUCCGGGCCAUUCCAGUCGAUAAACAAGAAACUAAGAACGUGUAUGAGUGUCCUGUGUACAAGACCCGACAACGAGGCCCGACGUACGUGUGGAACUUUUUCUUGAAGACUAAGGAGUCUCCUGCUAAAUGGACACUAGCAGGGGUUGCUUUGUUGCUAAGCGCGUGAACAAGUGUGUUUAAUUCAAAGUACUUGAUGAUUUUAACUUUUGGUCUGUGUUUUUUUUCUGCUCACAUGAAAAGAUUUGUUUGUACCUGAUACUAAGUUGGAUGUUAUGUGGAAGGCGUACUAACGAUAC